CUAACCAAGCCUGGGUGACUCACGGUGACGUCACACUCAUUGGCCAACACUGGCCUAACCAAUUACGAUCACGAUACUCAACUUAGUAGCUUGUUGCCAGUGAAUGUGUCGAGACGCCUUAACUUUAUAAUACAGCAAUAAUGAAUAACAUCGCGCCAGUUGGUCCUAAGCCCGGGACUCUGAUCUGCCCAUCUUGCCGCGCAAGCGUCGUAACCCGGAUCGAGCAUAAAGCAACUACCAGGACACAUAUAGUUGCUUUCCUCUUGUGUUUAUUCCUAUGUUGGCCAUGCAUUUGCGUGCCGUACUGCGUGGAUUCCUGUCAAAACGCCGACCACUAUUGCCCUAGUUGUAACGCUUAUCUAGGCACGUACCAAGCGUAGUUCCUGUUCCAAAGACUGCGAAAUAUUUUUUAAACACGUCUUCUAUCCAGAUGAACAAGCGAGCGUAAAUGUAAGAUUGUAUCAAGCUGAGCAAUCUAAACGAACUGGAAUUCAGGAUAGUUUCACGUAGUCGCAUUUCUCUUUGUGUGGGGCUUUAAAUUUCCCAAGCAAAGUAAAAUAUAAGUCCAGAGUGGAGCAGAAUAGAGGAAAUGGAGCGGUUAUCUAAAGUCGUGCCACCGCAACGCUCGCUCACACUGAAUUUUCCUAUAAUUUGCGCAAAAAAUAAAACUCUUCCUCAUUGCAUAAUUUUGCCUUUGUCAAGGUUGUUUAAUUGUUCAUCUUUUAAAGGUACACGUAGUGUACUUUUAUAAAUGAUAAGAUUUUUUGGAUUGCAUUUGUUUAAUUUUGUUUUCGAAUCUCGCGGCACGUCAAAAAUAAUAUUGUUUUUUAUACGAACUUUUAUACCACUUAUACAAACAUUUUCAUAACUUCUUGUAUGUACCAGUUAAGUUUAUCAGUUGUUAUUGAAUAUUUUUUGUUAUUUUGAUAUGUCAGCAGUUUUACCGUUAUGUGUUUAGUUAUUACGCUAGAUUUAUUUAAUAAACAUGAGAUUAUUGUGUCAGCCAUUUUUUAUAUAAAGCCUUUGAUUUAUUACAUCGUCA